AUGAGUAAGAAUAUACUGAAACUAAAAGGUGUGCUGAAAAAGAGUAAUCGGCUGACACCAAUUUUUGAGGAGGCAGCUGUGCGACUGGCUGAGGAUCUCCCGCCGGAAGCAAGUGUUCGUCUGGCACGUGUGGAUUGCAUGCGUGAAAUGGAGUUGGCCAAUCUCUGCAGCAUUACCAAGUUUCCCACUCUACUUCUGUAUUAUCGUGGUCAACCGCUACGUCAGGAGUAUCGUGGACAGCGUUCCGUUGAGGCACUGGUCGCCCAUGUGCAGAAGCAGCUUCGAUUGACGAUUAAAACAUUGGAUAAUGUGCAACAAUUGAAUAUGAUCGAUGUGAAGAGGCGCACUGUGAUUGGCUUCUUUGAGAGCCGCAAGAAGCCUGACGCAGGAAUCUUUGAGCUGGUGGCGGAGCGUUAUAAAAACGAUUGUGAUUUCUAUGUGAGAGUCGGCGCAAAGCUGGACGACAUGACGUACACGCAUUAUAUGCCAACGAUUGUCUUUCGUCCGGAUGUGGAACGCACCCAUGCCGCGGAUGAGGUCUUUGCCGGCAAUCCAUCAUCUCUGCCAGAGCUGGAGAAGUGGGUCUUCAAGAAGUGUGUGCCGCUAGUGCGGGAGGUGGAUUUCGGUAAUGUGGAGGAGAUAAUCGAACAACGACUGCCGCUGCUGGUGCUCUUUCACAUGCCCAACGAUGUGGACUCGGUGAAAGAUUUCAAGUCGAUUGUGGAGAUGCAAUUGGUGAGCUGUUCGGAUUGUGGACGUUUCAAUUUUGUUACCGUCGACGGUCUGAAGUUUCAGCAUUCGGUACAGCACAUUGGCAAAACAGUGCAUGAUCUACCAUUCAUCGCCAUCGAUUCGCUAAAGUAUAUGUUUCCCUAUUCCAAAUUUAAGGAUAUGUAUAUACCAGGUCAUCUCAAGCAAUUCCUUCAAAACUUCAGCAGUCAUCAACUGCAGCACAAGUUGCACCUUACAAAGGAUCAAGAUAAGAACUUGCCGCCGUUAUCCACCUUCAAGGAACUGGGACCCUCGAAGCAUCGCUAUACUCUGGUCGAACAUGAUGAGCUGUGA